UAAUUAGUUCCUAUGGCAAAGAAAGGCUGCAUUUCAUGCUGAAGAUAGUACCUAGAAACUUGAUACAUUUACAUUUGUUAAAACAUAUUACCAUGUAAAGUCCUUUUUGCAUUAAGAGUAUUUCAUGGUUUGUGUGGGUGCCCAGAAAUAUCUUCUGACUUCUGUCCUUGUUAUCAUCGAGGACAGAGAAACACUAGAAGAGUUGCCUGGGGAAGUUAUAGCAUUUCCAUCAGUGGAUGUCUUUAGGACCAAGUUACACAAAUCUCUGGACUCUUAACUCAAGGUGGAAGGAUAGAUGAGGUAACUUUUUCAGGUCCCUUCUAAGUAUUUAACUUUUUUUGUUUUUAAUGUGCAAUUUUAGUGUAAAUCUGAUUUAUUCUGAUUAUUUAUUUCUGAUUCAUCAACUGGAGAACCAGGGAGUCAUCAGCAAGACUCAUUCACCUUUUAAUAGUCCCAUAUGGCCAGUGCAAAAGUCUGAUGGAGGGUAGAGGUUAACAGUGGACUAUCGCGGCCUGAAUGAAGUGACACCACCACUGAGUACUGCUGUACCAGACAUGUUAGAGCUCCAAUAUGAACUGGAGUCAAAAGCAGCCAAGUGGUAUGCUACAAUUGACAUCGCCAAUGCAUUCUUCUCAAUUCCUUUGGCAGCUGAAUGCAGGCCAUAGUUUGCUUUCACUUGGAGAGGUGUCCAAUACACCUGGAAUCGAUUGCCCCAGGGGUGGAAGCAUAGUCCUACUAUUUGUCAUGGACUACUCCAAACUGCACUGGAAAAGGGUGGUGCCCCAGAACAUCUACAAUACAUCGAUGACAUCAUUGUGUGAGGUAAUAAGGCAGAAGAAGUAUUCAAGAAGGGAAAAAGAAUAAUUCAGAUUCUUCUGAAAGCUGGUUUUGCCAUAAAGAAAAGCAAGGUCAAGGGACCUGCACAAGAAAUCCAGUUCUUGGGAAUAAAAUGGCAGGAUGGACGCCGUCAUGUGCCUAUGGAUGUGGUCAACAAGAUAGCAGCUAUGUCUCCACCAGCUAACAAGAAGGAGACACAAGCCUUCCUGGGCCUUGUGGGGUUCUGGAGAAUGCAUAUUCCAGGUUAUAGUCAGCUUGUGAGCCCUCUCUAUCGAGUAACCCGGAAAAAGAACUAUUUUGAAUGGGGCCUUGAGCAACAACAAGCCUUUGAGCAUAUCAAACAGGAAAUAGCUCGUGCUGUAGCUCUUGGGCCUGUCCGAACAGGACCAACUGUACAAAAUGUACUCUACACUGCAGCUGGGGAGCAUGGCCUUACCUGGAGCCUCUGGCAGAAAACAGCAGGAGAAACCCAAGGUCGACCAUUAGGGUUUUGGAGCCGGGGGUAUCGAGGAUCAGAAGCCCACUACACCCGAACUGAAAAAGAGAUCCUAGCAGCCUAUGAAGGGAUUCGAGCUGCUUCAGAAGUUGUUGGUACAGAAGCAUCUCUCCUCUUGGCACCGCGAUUGCCUGUGCUACACUGGAUGUUCAAAGGAAACAUGCCCUCUACACAUCACGCAACCAGCACUACAUGGAGUAAGUGGGUAGCACUAAUCACGCAGCGAGCUCGACUAGGGAAACCCAAUCACCCAGGAAUCCUGGAAGAGAUUAUGGACUGGCCAGAAGGAAACCAUCGGAAGUGGAAAGCUGCUGUAUGGAGUCCCACACGACAAGUCGUUGAGGCCACUGAAGGAGAAGGUGAGUCAAGUCAGUUCGCAGAAGUGAAAGCCAUUCAGCUAGCCCUAAAGAUUGCUGAACGAGAAAAGUGGCCAGUACUCUGUCUCUAUACUGACUCCUGGAUGAUGGCAAAUGCCCUGUGGGGGUGGCUACAGCAGUGGAAGAAGACCAAUUGGCAGCGCAGGGGUAAACCCAUCUGGGCUGCUGCAUUGUGGCAGGACAUCACUGCCCGAGUAGAAAACAUGGCUGUGAAGGUACGUCAUGUAGAUGCUCACGUACCCAAAAGCUGUGCCACUGAAGAACAUCAAAACAAUCAACAGGUAGACAAGGCUGCCAAAAUUGAAGUAGCUCAAGUGGACCUGGACUGGGAGCGUAAGGGUGAGCUAUUUGUAGCUCGAUGGGCCCAUGAAACAUCAGGACAUCUAGGGAGAGAUGCAACAUACAGAUGGGCUCGUGAUCGAGGGGUGGACCUGACCAUGGAGGCCAUCACACAAGUCACUCAUGAAUGUGAAAUAUGUGCUGCAAUCAAGCGAGCGACACGAGUAAAAUCUCCCUGGAAUAGAGGGCGGUGGCUGGGUUUUCGAUACGGUGAGGCCUGGCAGAUUGACUAUAUUGGGCCACUGUGUUCGGGUGUGAAGUCCCAGGCUAUAGGAGGUGAUAAUCGCCCUAGGAACCUGCCCAAAUCCUUCCAUACACCCUGCCACCCAGGGACCGGCUGCCUCAGGGCACGUUUCACUAUUGCUUCACUCAAAAGUUGUCUCCCCUUAAACCAGGACGAAACCAAACUCCACAACACCCGUAAUAUGCCAGCAGUAUUAAUUAGUAAUAUUAAUGAGCUUACAUAAGGGUGAACAAGGACCUUGGGAGCCUGCAUAAUGAAACCAUCCACAUGAAACGCAGGUAGAGAGAGAGAGAUGUAUUCCCCCAUCAUCUCCACAAGAUAGCUCCCCCAGCACAGCAAUAGCAACGAUGCCAGGGCCAUGCACAUAACCAUUGUUUGUACUAGCAUGCUCCCAAGUUCCUUCAUCCUCCCCACAAAAUAGCUCCCCCAGUACAGUAAGAUCAUCAACACCAGGCCAAAGCACAGAGCAGCCAUUGUUUGUAUCAGCAUGUUCCUAAAUUUAGCAAAAUAGAGAUAAGCAGCACAGCUAACAAACCCGGUGACCUGCACAGGAGCUUGCAACUUAAUAACUACUAUAGCUGUAGCACCCUUAAUACUAAACUGCCUUUGUCGUGCCCCACAUUGGGCGCCAAAAAGGACUGUGGUGGGUUGAGCCUGGCUGGGGGGCCAGGUGCCCACCAGAGCCGCUCUAUCACUCCCCUCUUCAGUAAGGCAGGGAGGGGAGAAAGGAGGAUGGAAGAAAAACAACCCCAAACUUGUGGGUCAAGAUAAAGGCAGUUUAAUGUAGCUAAAGCAAAAAAGCCGCGCGCGGAAGCAAAGCAAAAAGCAAAAGAUUAUUCUCUACUUCCCAUCAGCAGGUGAUGUCCGGCCACUUCCUGGGAAGUAGGGCUUCAGUAUGCGUACCCCUUACCCCGGAAGACAAACAUUGUAAAAAAAAAAACAACGAAUGCCCCCACCCUGUUCCUCCCCCUAUUCUCAGUUUCUUAUUGCUGAGCAGACAUCAUAUGGUAUGGAAUAUCCCUUUGGUCAGUUUGGGUCAGCUGUCUUAGCUGUGUCCCCUCCCAAGAUCUUGCCUACCCCCAGCCUGCUGCUGGGGAAAAAGAAAUGUUGGAAAGACAGCCUUGAUGUGUGCUGGCACUACUCAGUAGUAGCCAAAACACUGGUAUGUUAUCAACAGUUUGCUAGCUACCAAUACACAGCACAGCACCAUGAGGGCUGCUGUGGGGAGAAUUAACUCCAUCUCAGCCAGA